CCCAACUUUGCCCAUGACUGAUCUGAGUUCUCUCUAUCUUUAAAAGACUCAAAUCUAGGGUUUCCUGGCAUGCAUGGUGACGUAAGCACGUCGGCGCCCGGAAGCGAGAGAGGCGGAGCCGGCGAUUGGCGCUGUCAAGCCCAGUUCGGAAUCCUCCUGAGGGGAAGGAAGGUCGGUCGAGGCGCCGGCAGCAGGAACCUUGCUGUUGCUGCAGAACAAAAUGUUUCACUUAAGGACUUGUGCUACUAAAUUGAGGCCACUAACGGCCUCACAGACUGUUAAGACAAUAUCUCAGAACAGGCCAGCAGCACCCAGGACGUUUCAGCAAAUCAGGUGUUACAGUGCACCUGUUGCUGCUGAGCCAUUUUUGAGUGGGACUAAUUCAAACUAUGUGGAGGAAAUGUACUAUGCUUGGUUGGAAAAUCCUAAGAGUGUGCAUAAGUCAUGGGACAUAUUUUUCCGCAAUGCCAAUGCUGGAGCUGUUCCAGGAACUGCCUACCAAAGCCCCCCUCCAUUGAGUACCAGCCUAUCCACACUAACACAUGCACAAUCUCUGGUUCAAGCACAGCCGAAUGUAGAUAAACUGGUAGAAGAUCAUCUUGCAGUCCAAUCUCUUAUUAGAGCAUAUCAGAUUCGAGGGCAUCAUGUAGCACAGCUCGACCCACUGGGCAUCUUGGAUGCUGAUCUGGACUCUUCCGUUCCAGCUGAUAUUAUCACUUCCACAGACAAACUGGAUCUUGCAGUUUUCAAGGAGCGGCUGAGAGUGCUAACAGUAGGAGGGUUUUAUGGCCUGGAUGAAUCGGAUCUUGACAAGGUCUUUCACUUGCCCACUACCACCUUCAUUGGAGGAAAUGAGUCUGCUCUCCCACUUCGAGAAAUCAUCCGCCGUUUAGAGAUGGCAUACUGCCAACAUAUUGGUGUAGAAUUUAUGUUCAUUAAUGAUCUGGAGCAGUGUCAGUGGAUCAGGCAGAAAUUUGAAACUCCCGGAGUCAUGCAGUUCUCUAAUGAGGAAAAGCGCACUCUGCUGGCUAGAUUGGUCCGGUCAACCAGAUUUGAAGAGUUCCUGCAUAGAAAAUGGUCUUCUGAAAAACGCUUCGGCUUGGAGGGCUGUGAGGUCCUGAUCCCUGCUUUAAAGACAAUAAUUGACAAGUCAAGUGAAAAGGGAGUUGAUUAUGUGAUCAUGGGAAUGCCUCAUAGAGGCCGUCUGAAUGUCCUUGCCAAUGUUAUCAGAAAGGAAUUGGAGCAGAUUUUUUGCCAAUUUGAUUCCAAAUUGGAGGCUGCAGAUGAGGGCUCAGGUGAUGUGAAGUAUCAUUUGGGAAUGUAUCACCGGAGAAUUAAUCGAGUUACUGACCGAACCAUCACUCUUUCACUGGUUGCAAAUCCUUCUCAUUUGGAGGCUGCUGAUCCAGUUGUUCAGGGCAAGACAAAGGCAGAGCAAUUUUAUUGUGGAGACACCGAAGGAAAAAAGGUGAUGUCUAUCCUUUUGCAUGGAGAUGCUGCUUUUGCCGGGCAAGGUAUAGUUUAUGAGACUUUCCACUUGAGCGACCUGCCUUCCUAUACGACACACGGGACCGUUCAUGUAGUGGUGAACAAUCAGAUUGGAUUCACCACCGAUCCCCGUAUGGCUCGCUCUUCUCCAUACCCAACAGACGUAGCCCGAGUGGUUAAUGCACCCAUCUUCCAUGUUAAUGCCGAUGAUCCAGAGGCUGUGGUGUAUGUGUGCAACGUGGCUGCUGAAUGGCGCAGCACUUUCCACAAAGAUGUAGUUGUGGAUCUGGUAUGCUACAGGAGAAAUGGGCACAAUGAGAUGGAUGAGCCAAUGUUCACCCAACCACUGAUGUACAAACAAAUUCGGAAGCAGAAGACUGUGCUGCAAAAAUAUGCUGAGACACUAGUUUCACAAGGAGUGGUAAAUCAACCUGAGUAUGAGGAGGAAAUUGCCAAGUAUGACAAGAUCUGUGAGGAGGCCCAUGCCAGGUCCAAGGACGAGAAAAUCCUUCACAUCAAGCACUGGCUAGAUUCUCCAUGGCCUGGUUUCUUCACCCUGGAUGGUCAGCCCAGGAGUAUGACCUGCCCUUCUACUGGUUUGAAUGAAGAGGAUUUGGUCCAUAUAGGAAGGGUGGCAAGCUCAGUUCCUGUUGAAAACUUCACAAUCCAUGGGGGUUUAAGCAGGAUUCUAAAGACACGUGGAGAAUUGGUUACUAAUAGAACUGUAGAUUGGGCCUUGGCAGAAUACAUGGCAUUCGGCUCUCUCCUUAAAGAGGGAAUCCACAUCCGACUGAGUGGACAAGAUGUUGAGAGAGGAACAUUCAGCCACCGACACCAUGUCUUACACGACCAGAAUGUUGACAAGAGAACCUGCAUUCCUAUGAACCAUCUGUGGCCAAAUCAAGCUCCAUAUACAGUCUGCAAUAGUUCACUUUCAGAGUAUGGAGUCCUGGGGUUUGAGCUAGGCUUUGCCAUGGCAAGCCCCAAUGCUUUGGUGCUGUGGGAAGCUCAAUUUGGUGACUUUCACAACACAGCUCAGUGUAUUAUUGACCAGUUCAUCUGUUCUGGACAGUCCAAGUGGGUGAGACAAAAUGGCAUGGUACUCCUGCUUCCCCAUGGCAUGGAAGGAAUGGGCCCUGAGCACUCUUCUGCCAGACCAGAGCGAUUCCUGCAAAUGUGCAAUGAUGAUCCAGAUGUCUUCCCGAAACUAGAUGAUUUUGAUGUCCGUCAGCUGUAUGACUGCAAUUGGAUUGUAGUGAACUGUUCCACACCAGCAAACUUUUUCCAUGUUGUGCGGAGGCAGAUACUUCUCCCCUUCCGGAAACCACUCAUUGUCUUCACUCCAAAGUCAUUGUUACGUCAUCCUGAAGCUCGGUCCAGCUUUGAUGACAUGUUGACAGGUACACAUUUCCAGCGUAUUAUUCCAGAAAAUGGUGUUGCUGCGCAAAACCCAGAGGGGGUGAAGCGAAUCCUCUUCUGCACUGGCAAAGUGUACUAUGAGCUCACUAGAGAGCGCAAAACCAGGGGUAUGGAAGCAGAUGUGGCCAUUACUAGGGUGGAGCAGUUAUCCCCAUUUCCCUUUGACCUCCUGUUAAAGGAGUUCCAUAAAUACCCCAAUGCGGACCUGGUUUGGUGUCAAGAGGAGCACAAAAACCAAGGGUAUUAUGAUUAUGUAAAGCCUCGACUUCGCACAACCAUUGACCGCGCAAAGCCAGUGUGGUAUGCUGGGCGUGAACCUGCUGCUGCACCAGCCACCGGCAACAAGAAGACUCACCUGACUGAACUGCAGCGCUUCCUGGACACUGCCUUCAACCUCGACUCUUUCAAGGGCUUGUCUUAGAUAACACUUGGAAAUGGCUCUGCAGCACACUCUGUGUGUGUGUGUGUUUCUGUCUAGCUCUGUUCCCUUCCUUUCCAUGCCCUUAACUGUAGACUUUGUAAACUAAUUUAAGGCGCCCAUUAUUAACCUCUUCUUUGCUGUUGAGGAACCGCCUCUUCAGUGACCCAUCUGGAAUGUUUGUCCUAUAUUUUUUCUUUCAAGUGCUGCCACUCACACCUCUGGAGCAGUAGGGUUUCACUCCAACACAAUCUUGUGAUCUUCCUGAAAACCCCAGAUUAGCCAGUUUUCCUGCUCCAGAAUUUGGACUUUGUUAGGACUAAUAUUUGCUUUCCAAAAGGGUCUUGGUGUCAUAAAAGAUGGCCCCAGGCCAUACAUAAAUUGUUAUUUUGAACCUCUAGGUGCAGCCAUUGAUGAUGGUAUUCUCAUUCUCUUUGCCUCUCAAGAAUCGUUUGAACUGGCAUAGAGCUUCACUUAUGUGCUAAGAUUCCCUUUCCUUACGCUCCACAUCCCCAGCACUGAAAUCCAUGAUUGCCAUCUUGAAGCACUACUGCUCUCUCCUUUGGCUUAGAGACCUGGCAUUUAUCUUUGUUGUACACCCGGACAAUCAAAUUCAAACAUUCUAUUGCAGAGGGUUCCUUUCCUUUAAAAAAAAUGAACGAAUGCAGCAGGACACUGAUUUCUGACCCCCUUAUUUUACAACUUGCAAUCCUUAGUAAUUUUAUAUCACAUCAUGGGCAUCCAUAUUAAUGAUAUCCAGGGAUUCUGGCAUGUCAUAUUGGCUUUUCUGUAUGCUAAGCUUCAGGUCUGCCUAGCAUUUUGGUUCUUGUUCUGCAAUUAGUACUGGUUUGGAAAGAUAUAAAGAUUAGCUAGGCUCCCACAGACUUAGGUCUCCAAUAGGAAAACUUGGUAUAAUGCUUAAGCCUUGGCAAAGUGCAUCUUUCUUCCUAGUAAUUCUCUAUCUCCCCCUCCCCCUCUCUAUAUACAUAUUAUAUGCACAUACAUAUAUGUGUAUAUAAUAUGCUUAUAUAUAUACAGUGUGUGUGUAUAUAUAUAUAUAUAUAUAUAUAUAUAUAUAUAUAUAUAUAUAUAUAUGUAUAUAUAUAUAUAGAGAGAGAGAGAGUGUGUUACAUUUCAAUCAGUUUUUAUUCCUUCACAACAGAGUGAGGUUGCACUUUUCCUGCAUUUCUGGCAAAUGAGGUCACAUUUUGUUGCUCACUUGUUUCAAAAGUUUUUUCUGUAAUGAUCACUGCAGUUUUAUUGGUUUAGCUAUGUUUUAAAUUAUUACUUGUGCAUUUGGAAUUGGCAGAUAAAAGAUUUUUAAGUUGAUGUAAAAUGUGUAAAGGCAUCUGGAUCAUGAACUUUAACAUUUGUUAUGUGUAGUCUGCAAAAAAAACCAUAUGAAUCAGUGUUGCUUUUACACAACUUUCUAGCCACAAAAUUCCUUGUGCCCAUUGGCUCAAACAUGGAUGAAAACAUCUAGUGAUUGUUGCUGCUAGGCUGAAAUGCUUGGUUUGUGUUCUCCUAAUUCUGCAAACAUAGACUACAAGAUUAAAACUACAUGCAGGAGUAGCUUAGUACCUACUUUUCACUGAGAAGCUGUACAAACCCAGGAGCAAAUGCAGUCCAAGAAAGGCCAGUCUGAAUGUUGAAACUGGUCAUCUAUGUGUUACGGCCUUAGAGAUGUCCAGGAGGUAGCUCCUUUCUAUGAGGGCUUGGGGCUUUUUGUCAUGCUGCCUUUUAGGGUGUCUUUUGCUUUUCAAAUAUGUAUGCUGUGGCCAAACCUUGGACACGUUCAGGACCUGGCAUGUCUUCUCAAUACUUAAUGAGAGCUCAAAGCUGAUGUCUUCCAUGUGAACCUGAGUGUUUCUAUUUCCUCACCAAUAUGCACAAUGGAAUAUCUUGACUAUCCUUGGGUAGGAUUGUCUUCAUCUUCUGCAUGAAGUCCUUAGACUUAGAAACACCCGGUUCAGCACACGCACACCAUGUGCACGCACACACCCGCUUGUGGCCUUUGCAUCAGGGAUUAAUGGCUCUCAUUAUGCAUUGCUGAUAACUGGCAGCUGCUUCCAUUCACAAUAAUUAUGUGGCAAUAGACCAGUAGCUGAAUGUAUUUCAAUGCUUUGGUUGUACCUUCUUUUGGGCUUCACAAGAUUGGAAAAGUGUCACGCAGUGGCCGUGGCAGCAGUGAUUUGAUUUGGCAAGGGCAUCCUAAAACCAGGUGGACCUGCCUGGGACACAAUACAUAGUACCCACAGAAUCACACUUUUUCCUAAGUCUUUUUAUAUUCUGUCAGUCUCCUGAGCAGAAGAAGGUUCAGAAGAUGGAUGUGAUCUGAAUGUCCUCCCUUCCCUCUCCCAAAAUUACUGGCUUUUCUGGGUGUUUUCAUUGGGAGAUGUCCAGCCCUGAUCCAUUUGACUAACCUGGACAUUUUGGAAAGAAGUAUAGUUUCUUCCUCCUCUAGCCCUCCUCUGUACAUGCUGCCAGUCAUACUAAAAGACUUGUGCCAUCUUCUGAAUAAAGACUUUUCUAUAAUUAAAAAGGUAUCAGUGCUGCUUCACUUGUGGGAACAGCACACUCCAAAAAUUAUGCCCACUGUUUGAGGGGGACAGUGUUGAUAUUUGUGUUUUUAUGGUUGCUCCAGCUUUACAGAAUAAAGAUAUUGAGUGUUGUCAGAGCAGAGGCUGGUGAGAGAGGAAGGUUGUCUGUUCUAGGCAAGCACUACCCUGGAGUUUCCCUCAGACUCAGAGCCUGACUUAUUUAUUUUGAUUUGAAAUGGAACAUCAAACAGAGAAUGUGUCUGGCUUCAACAAUAAAGCCUGAUUUUCUGGCCAAAA